AUGUUUAGACUGGCUAUCAGAAAGGCUUCCACGCUUCCACCACACGCUUUUAAGAAUGCAUUCCCAGCAGGCGGUGAUAAAGAAGCUGCUAGAGCUUUCAAGGAGCACAUGGUUGCUAGCGCUCACCAUGGUGAGAAAACUUCCAAAAUGUGGUACAAGAUUUCCCUUUUCGUCGGUCUUCCUGCAAUUAUGUUAGCUGCUGUAAACACCUAUUUUGUUGAAGCUGAACAUGCUGCACACAGGGAGCACUUAAAGCAUAUUCCAGACGAGGAGUGGCCAAGAGAUUAUUCCUUCCAAAAUAUGAGACAAAAACCUUUUUUCUGGGGCGAUGGUGACAAGACCUUAUUCUGGAACCCAGUUAUCAAUAGGCAUAUUCAAAGGAAUUAG